GUGAACGGCAUGACUGAAUGCCACAGAACCAUUACUUGUCGGUGAACAUGGAUAGAAUGAAUGCAUCUUCCACAUAUGGCCCCAAUUGCGUGUUGACGAAGUCCGUUACGAUGAUGUCUUCUGCGAGCUGUUUCAAAUAGGCGAUCUAGUGUAAAUCGUAUCUAUAUCCCGAUAGCGGCUAUGGAGGCCGAGUUGCAGUCGGCCGUAUCCGAGUACCGCUCGCAGCUGGGCGCGCUGGAGGAGCUCCUGGCGGCAGACCCAGCCAACCAGGAGGCCAGGGAGUUGUACGAGCAGCUCCAGGGUGCACUGCAGUACACCCUGGCGGCCCUGGGGCAGGUGGGCGGAGGCCAGCAGGCGGGCGAGCAGCAGCAGGCGGAGCAGCAGGCGGGGCAGGUGGGCAGCGGCGAGCCGGAGGAGGAGCAGGCGGCAGGCAGCAGCAGCCCUAGCGGGGCGGGCGAGGGGGUGGCGGCAGGUGGGCACACCGCCAGCCAGCAGGCUGCUGGCUGGCUGGCCCCCCCUGCUGCUGCCCCGCCUGCUGCCGGCCCUCGCGGCGGCGCCCCCAACAACGCGCGCAUGCACCCCGCCAACCGCUACUUCCUGCGCGAGCCCGACUUCGGAGCGCUGGCGGAGCGGUACGAGCAGCUGCGACCGUACGUGAGCGUGGAUGCAGCCGGUCGCGCGCACUUCGCCUCCACCAGCUGGGCCGCCACACGCGCCCUCACCGCCUGCCUGCUGCGGCACGACUUCGGACUCGCAUGGUGGCUGCCGGAGGGGCAGCUGGUGCCGCCCGUGCCCAACCGGGCCAACUACCUGCACUGGAUUAAUGACCUGCUGCAACUGUCGGCGCCAGGGCCGGAAGAGGGUCCCAUUCGCGGCUUGGACAUUGGUUGCGGCGCCAACUUCAUCUACUGCCUUCUAGGCGCCGCACUGUACGGGUGGAGGAUGGUGGGAGUGGACGUCACGCAGGUCGCCGUACAGUGCUGCCGCAAGCUCAUUGCCGACAACCCCCAGGUGGCCCCGCUGCUGGAGGUCCGCGACCUCUCGCACCUCCACCCGCACCUGCAGGGGGCUGCGGCGGCAGCGCCCGCGGGCACACACCCCGAGGCGAC